UGCUAGGUUGAGACAGAGAUGUAGAACAUAUUUGAAUGGUCAGUGUGAAUCGCCAUCUUUAAAGAAAUUCAAAGAGCUAUCAGAAAAGAAAAAAACACAGAAUAACAACAAGUUCAAGUCCAAUCGUAGAUUAUAUACUGGGUGGAAGUUAUCUACAGGAUAGAGUUUUAAACUAGUUCCACUAUCUCAAGGAGGGGGAUCUAUAAUUAUGGAUCUUCCCAAAGAGUAUUCUCUUCCAGACCUUCAAAAAAAAAUGAUUGCAACUUUCUUCCCAGAUGGUCAAGCAGUCCAUAAAAACAUAAAACUUUCACAUUGUGAAACAUUCAUCGGAAAUUUUGCUGGUGAACGUGUGCCAUCAAGACUGUUGAAUGGUGAUCUUUUUUCCCUUGAUGGAUAUUUUUCUGAGAUAAAAUCUAAUCCUGUGAGAUUAUAUUUGUAUGCAAAAACCACAACGGUUAAUCAACCACCAUCACCAUCAACUUCAACUACCACAUUAAAUCAACAAACUUCAGCUACAUUAAAUCAACCACCAUCUCCAUCAACUUCAUCUACCACAUUAAAUCAACAACCUUCAGCUACAUGUACUCAACCACCAUCAUCAUCAACUUCAUCUACCACAUUAAAUCAACAAACUUCAGCCACAUGUACUCAACCACCAUCAUCAUCAACUUCAUCUACCACAUUAAAUCAACAAACUUCAGCUACUUGUACUCAACCACAACUAGCAAUUAAUGCUGUAAAUUAUGCAACAAAUAUCAUCAAUGAUGACACAGAUGAUGAACUACCGGAUAUCUCAUUUUAUUCAGGAACACCAACUAUAACCUUCAAGAAAAGUAAAAAAGCUGAGAGCUUGGAAGAGAUUCUAGUUCGCUUGAAUAGUCAGAUAAAAAAUGAGAAAAAUAUCAUCAAUGUAAGCCGAGGUGAUGUUUUGUCUGGAACAAGGAGAGCGUUUUCCAGAAAAACCUUCAGGCCCGAAUUCGGUUUAAGCGUCAAAUUUUCAGGGGAAAAUGGUAUCGAUGAUGGGGGACCAUCCAGAGAACUUUUACAACUUCUAAUGAGCUCUAUAAAAGAUUCACAAGUGUUUCAAGGGUCAGAGUGUAAAAUGCUCUGUCCUGAUAUCCCCAGUGAAGAAAGAGAUGAUUACAGACUGUUUGGAAAAAUCAUAUCAUAUUCAGUAAUUCACCGUGGUCCAGUGCCAAGAUUCUUUUCUGGAAUCCUUUAUGAUCUGAUAGCUUUUGGCUCUUGUGAACCAAAAUUGGAUGACAUAGUAGAUUAUCAAAUCAGAGAACAAAUUAAAGAGUUGUCAAGGGCAGAUGAUGUAAUAAUGUUACAAGAGGCUGCUCAGCCUCUUAUUGGCCAUAUAGACUUUUUAGGAGCUAUACCUCUUAUAUUCGAUGUAAAAAAUAAAGAAAGUCUUGUCACAUUAUUAACACGGUAUUUUGUUGUGGACAGGGUAAAAGGAGUACUGAAUCAGUUCUGUGAAGGGAUGGAUUCUUUAGGUUUGAGAAAGGAAAUAAUUAAAAAUCCAGAAGUCAUGAGAGAACUUUUUGUUUUCUCGUAUGAAAAAUUGUCGUCCAUUAAUAUUGAUCACCUGUUUACUCUGGUUUUUAGCGAAAACAGCUUUUCGCUUGAACAGGAAUUAAACAGCCAUGCUCAUUGGAGAGAUUUUCUUCUGGAUCUUGAAGAAACAGAUGAACUGGGUAGUUUGUUAUCUUUUGUGACUGGUUUAAAGGACAUACCUCCACUGGGAUUCAACCCACCACUAAAGCUACUGUUUAGACACCCAUCCUUUGAAUGGGACAUUGCCCCGUUUGCAAAUACUUGUGCUAAUACCCUUAACAUUCCAGUGUUAAAAGAUUAUGAUGCAUUCAAAACUGCAAUGGCCAUGUCUUUAAGAAUUGGCAAUAUUUUUACUGACGCUUAAAAUAUUAACUUGCCUUUUUCUGUUUUACCCAGUCAGUUUGAAAGUUUUUAAGAUAGUUAUAUUUAAAAACACUUUUUGGUCAUACAACGUAGUCUGUUUUAUCCAAUCAAUUUGAUAGUUUUUAAGAUAGUUAAUUUAAAAUUGCCCUUUUUGUGAUACAACUUAAAUCUGUUUUAUCCAAUCAGUUUGAUAGUUCUUAAGAUAGUUAUAUUUAAAAACGCUUUUUUGUGAUACAACUUAGUCUGUUUUAUCCAAUCAAUUUGAUAAUUUUUAAGAUAGUUACAUUUAAAAACACUUUUUUGUGAUACAACUUAGUCUGUUUUAUCCAAUCAAUUUGAUAGUUUUUAAGAUAGUUAAAUUUAAAGUAUUGCUUAUGUUUGUUUGUGUAAUAAUUUCUUAUUUACCUUUGGGGGUAACCCGUUUUAAAUUUAUUUCUUUGUGAUAUAUUUUAUGUUCUUUGAUUCAGUUUUUAUUUAUUUCUGUGUAAAGCUGCAACAAUCUAAGAAAAUAUGCAAUGUAUAAAUUUUGCAUUAUCAAUUUUUGCAGUCUGAGUUAUUUAUAAUUUUUAACAUAAAAUUUUAUGUUAAAAGAUGUAUAGUAGUAAUGAAGCAGUAUUUUUUACACCUGCAAACAGAUAAAGUCCGACAAAUAUUACCUUUAUAUUUUUUUAUCGUUUACCUAUUAAAUAUGCUCUUUGUAACUUAAUUUCUUUGUUGUCAGAAUUGCAGUACCGGUAUCAGUAAAACACAAACUACUUCCCUUUGCAAGACUUUUUGUACCAAAUCCUAUGCCUGAACAUUUUGUACAUGUAAAUUUCCUACAAGAAACUGGUUUUCUAUUAUUUGAAAAGGAGAAUUAAAUUGUUUUAAUUUCAUAGGGAAUUUCUUAUUUGACAAUGGGUAGAAAUAAUGAUUAAUAUACAGGCUUUUGCAUAUAAAGUUAAUUUGAAUGUCUUCAUUGCAAUCACAACAAACCUUUUUAAGAUUAAAAUUCUUACAUUAAUUUUUAUACUCCCACAUUGAAAUGUGGUUGUAAAUUUUGUCGUUACCUUGGUUAGCUCUGUUAAUAUCUGAUUGACUUAAGAUUUAUACACAGUGUUUAAGGUCAUCAGACUGAUUUUCAACCAUUUCUAAUAUUUACUGCCACAGUCAUGGCCUUUAAUCACUUUGAAAAACAUUGCAGAUGCUCUUGAGGCUAAAGUCAAUAUCCGAUUCACAUUAAAUUUAUUAAGUGUUUAAGGUCAUUAAUGAUUUUCGAUGUUUACUGCCACAGUCAUGGCCUAUGAUUACUUUGAAAAUUCUUGUGGAUGCUCUAGUGGCUAAAGUUAAUAUCCAAUUGACUUUAAAUUUAUACACAGUGUUUAAGGUCAUCAGUUAAAGACGCAUCAACAGAACACAAUUUUUAUGGGAAACAAUCACCGGUUUUAUUCUAAAAGCACCACGUUUCGAUAAGAGGAUAGUUGUCGAAACAUCAAAUAAAACCAGUGAUUGUUCCCCAUAAAAAUUUUGUUCUGUUAAUUUGUUUCCCAAUCAAUAAAUGCCACUUAAAGAUUAAGUUAAAGACACUUUUUGAUUUUCAACAAUUACUGAUAAUUACUGUCAACAUUAUGGCCCUUGAUCACUUUUAAAAUCCUGUGGAUGCUCCGACCAAAUUUAUCGUCUGAUUUGAUAUUAUAUUCACUAAAACAGAGUUGAAGGUUAUGAGAUCUUAUUGAUUUUCAAUGAUUUUUGAUGAACUUAAACAGCUAAAUCCAUGAUAUUAAAUGUUUUGUAUAUUAAACUUUAGCAUGAGCCAAACAAAUUCUAAUGAUUUUCUGUUAAUUACUUAAUGAGUUGUUACUCUUAAUCCGAUUUAUGUGCAUUAUAAAUGUUUCAUUAACGACAAAAAAAAAUAUGCAACUGUCCAGUCGAUUUAGCUGCUGUGGGGGAUUUUUUUGUUGAGAGGCAACCUAUCCUUAAAUAUGGAUUAGUGUACUGCCAUGUGUUUUAUUAUUGUUGAUGAAUAUGUUUAAUGAUGUUGCCUUAAUUAGGUUCCAUAUUAAAUUGGUUAAGUUUGAUGAUCAACUGUUCCAUGUAAAUUUUGGGUUAAACAUGAUUUUGUACCUUUAGGCAUAGUUAAUGUCAUAAUUUUAAUUUCUUAAAAAAUCCUUUUAUUAAGAAACUGUUAUUGUAUCUUGUUAAGUUAUUAAAUAUUCAUAAAUUU